AUGAUAUUAUUUACAUUUAUUUUUCAUUUUAUGUCUUUUUUAUAUUUAUGCUUCUCAUACACAAUUAAUAAAAAAUAUGUCAAUAAACUAAAGAAUAUAUCAGAUAUAAAAAUACAUGGCUAUUUUAAGAAUUCUUUAUGUUAUAAUUCGUGCAGAAAAAAUAAGUUGUUUUUUAUAUAUUCAAAUAAAUAUUUAGUAAAAAAAAAUUUUCAAACUUACAAAAAACCUAGGGUUAAAAUUACAACUUACCUAUUUCGAGAGGUUAAUGUAGGCUCUCUAUUUCCUGGUUUUAAAACAAUUUUUAAUAAAAAAUUUUUAUUUGAACCUCUGUAUAGUUCUCAUAAGGAUAUAAUAAUAAGAAAUAUAAAGACUAUAAAUUUAAUACAAAAGGAUAAUGUAGUCAAGAAUAUUUUAAUAUUCUCUGCGUCAUGUUUUACAAUUUUCCUUAUUUCUAAACUUCUUAUAUUAUUAAGAAAUUUUUUUCAAAACCAAUAUAAAAUGAUAAGUGAACAAGAAAUACAACUUUUAGGAAAAUAUGAAAAUCCCCACAUUGAAUUUAAUGACUGA